AGGAAAUAAAGAAAUCGCAAUGAACAGCUGAAAUUGUUGUGUGUAGCUCUCCGGUGGAGGAGGUGGUGGUUUGUGGUGGUGCCUUUAAAUUAGAUUAGAAACCCUAACACGUACAGCCGCUUUCUUGUCUUCAUUCAUUCUUCUGUUGCCAUGGCUACCUCUAUUGAUGAUGAGGCAGAUGGUGCUAAGGUUAAGCGCACACGCAAAACUAAACUCAACCAUACCUCUUCUAAUGCUACCAAAUUUGUGGACGAUGUUCUUAAUGGUGACAAUGACUUCUGUGUCGAGAAUUUCCGUAUGGACAAACAUGUUUUUUAUAAGUUGUGUGACAUUUUUCAAGCCAAAGGUCUGCUGCGUCACACUAGCCGCAUUAAAAUUGAGGAGCAACUUGCCAUUUUUAUGUUCAUCGUUGGCCAUAACCUACGUACUCGUGCAGUCCAGGAGCUCUUUAAGUAUUCAGGGGAGACCAUUAGUCGCCAUUUUAACAAUGUCCUUAAUGCAAUUAUUGCCAUUUCUCUAGAUUUCUUUAAGCCCCCCGCCUCUGAAAUCCCUCCAGAAAUCCGAAAUGAUCCAAGAUUUUACCCUUAUUUCAAGGAUUGUGUGGGAGUUGUUAAUGGCAUGCAUUUCCCAGUGAUCGUGGGCAUAGAUGAGCAAGGACCUUUUCGCAACAAAUAUGGUGUUCUUUCACAAAACGUUCUUGCUGCAUGCUCAUUUGAUAUGAAGUUCCAUUAUGUUCUGGCUGGUUGGGAAGGCUCAGCACCAGAUUUGAAAGUUCUUAAUUCAGCUCUUACAAGGAAAAACAAGCUUCAAGUCCCUGAAGGCAGAUACUUCCUUGUCGAUUUUAAGUAUGCAAAUAUUCCAGGGUUCAUUGCUCCAUAUAUAGGUGCUCCAUACGGGUUAUUUGAUUAUAAAAAUGGGUCCCAACCGCAAGAUGCAAAAGAGUUAUUCAAUCAUCGCCACUCGUUGUUGAGAAGCAUUACUGACAGAACAUUUGGGGCCCUCAAAGAGCGUUUCCCCAUACUGAUGUUAGCUCCUUCUUACCCUUUACCGACACAAGUGAAGUUGGUGGUUGCAGCUUGUGCUUUACAUAAUUUCAUUCGUGAUGAGAAACCGGACGACCAUAUCUUCAAUAAGUUUGAGAAUGAAGGUUGUGUUCAACAGUUGGAGGAAUCAAUGGCACAACCACUUGAUUUUGAAAAGCCAGAGACGAUGAUCCAUGGAGAGAAUCAAAUGAUGGAUGCAGAUUUCCCCUUUGAUGCCCAACAAGUAGAAAACUGUUCAGAAUUGCGUGACGCAAUUGCGGCCGAGAUAUGGAAUGAUUAUAUUCAUGAUUUCCCAAUUACUGAAGUAUUGCAUGGUUGACUUAGCUAGGCACUUCUCCUCUUUUGCUCUUUCUUUUAGAUGGUAGCCGGUAGGUACAUAUUUAGCUUUAUUGGGAGGAGGCGGGGUCUCUAGUAAUUGUAAUUGACAUUUUUGAUGCAGUAAGAAGUAAGAUCAAGUCUGUCUUUGUUUGAGGUGGAUCUAAAAAGGACUUGCUAGGGUGUCACCUCAAUAUACUUUUUUUUUUUUCUGUACUUUUUCUUUAUCUCAUUGUAUAAAUUUCUACUUUCGAAAUUGCGGAAGAGAAAAAUUACAAAACUGUGUUAUUUUUAUGAGAGGGCCAAAGUGUUCAACUCUUGGAGUCUUGAUGGUAUCAUACGACUUUAUAUCAUGAUGGAAAUAUGUAUCUCUGAAGGCUAUAUGUGGUGUAGAAUAAUUCUUUUACUCAGUUCCACGAAAUUUGCAGUUGCAAGCUUUUCUCGUUGCCCUUGCAACUACCUGCUAGUGCUUCUGCAUUAUCUUCUAAUAAAGGUAUAAAUAUAUAAGGGAGUGAAGAUAAAUAGAUGACCGGAGGCAGCGAUCUAAGCCAUGUCUCCUAUCGACACCUAUCCAGCAAAAGACCAUGAUCCAGAGGAUGGACUGUCCGCAGGACCUGUUUUGGCAAAGUUUAUCUUGUCCAGGUCAUCCGAAUUGAAGAAGGUGCACUUAGAUAUGGGCUGAGGCAUAGACAAUGAAAUGCUUAUUCAAGAAAUGAAAAAUUGUAGAUGAAAGGAUCUCUGUUAUACACCCCACCUGCAUAAUCAGUGUUAAAAAUCAUAGUCACUUUAGAUUGGUCAUUUUUAGUGGAGAUUGAUGAUAUGAUGGUCAAGUGUUUUGCUAUAUGAAUUUUUUGUGAUUGUUUUGGUUUGUCUUUCGUGUUGAUUCCGUCGUUGGAGUCGACACAAAUGGUUAGUUGCAAAUUUGUACCGGAUGAUAACUCGACAAGAGCCAUAUUAGAAGGAUGAAUUCAACCUGCCACAAUAUGAUAUUGAAA